CCUCAGUGGUCGCGGAGCAGUAUGGCAGCCGUCGCGCUGAGGUCCUGCCGCAGAGGACUUUCACAGAUUUUAAGUAAUGGAGGCUUCGCAGCUUUGUCGACAAAGCGCCUUGAAGGAGACAGGAGACACAAAUCUACAGUUCAGUAUGCUUCGCGACCAGACCUUCCAAAGCUGGCAUACAGAAGAGUGAAAGGGAAGAGCCCAGGUGUGGUUUUCCUCCCAGGUUAUGGCUCCAACAUGAAUGGACAGAAAGCUGAGGCGCUGGAAGAGUUCUGUAGGUCACUAGGACAUUCAUACCUCCGGUUUGACUAUACAGGACAUGGGGCCUCAGAGGGGGUACUCGCAGAAGGAACUAUUGGUACCUGGAAAAAAGACGUCCUGUACGUGCUGGAUGAGUUAGCAGAGGGGCCACAGAUACUCGUGGGCUCCAGUAUAGGUGGUUGGCUCAUGCUGCUAGCAGCCAUUGCAAGACCAGAGAAGACUGCUGCACUGGUGGGCAUCUCCACUGCAGCUGAUCACCUUGUCACAGCAUUCAACACUCUUCCACUCGAAAUACGCAAGGAGUUUGAGGAGAAAGGGGAGUGGACAGUGCCCACCAAACAUUCAGAGGAGGGUCUUUACAAGUUCAACAUGGACUUUCUUCGUGAGGCAGAAAAUCACUGUGUGCUCCAGAGUCCAAUCCCCAUCACCUGCCCUGUACGGCUCAUUCAUGGCCUCAAAGAUGAGGACGUCCCCUGGCACAUCUCCAUGCAAGUUGCAGAGCGCGUCCUCAGCCCGGAUGUGGAUGUCAUCCUCCGGCGACACGGCCAGCACCGCAUGUCUGAGAAAGACGACAUCAAACUGAUGGUCUACACUAUUGACGAUCUCAUAGACAAGCUGACCACUUUGGUCUGAGUAAGGGAUAGUGGAGAGAGCCUGAGAGGGUCAUGAGAUGAAAAAAGAAUGACUGUGUUAACUGGGAAGUCAACCCUCAAGGAAAUUACCAAACACCGGCAUGUUUCUCUGCCAAAUAUGACCUUUUAUCCAUCUCUUGUUUUUCCCCGUACUUCACCUGUCAUCAUGUCAACAUGCCGUUACAGUGAAAAAUAUGUUGAAAGGGAGCUCUCCUGCUAGCUGUUCCCUUAUAUCUUCAGGUUGCAUUUUUAUGUGUUCCGGUUAUUGUAUAGAGUGUUAUGUUGGUCAGCCGUUUUUAGGUCUGCCAGUGCUGCUGUCUCUGCCGUCGUUCUUACUGUUUGGCUGUUUUCCCCUCCACCUUUAAGUAGACACACAGCUUUCCUGUGCCUUUUUAAUCACUUUUCACCCGUUUUGGCCAAUAAAAGCUCUGCACACUAGAGUGCAGGUCUCAAGUCUGUGAAGUUGCACUCACAGAAAACACAACUAUCUCAAUACUUUGUGCUGAUGAAGAAUAACUGAAAUAAGACAAGAGUGCCACUGAUAUUAAAAUGCAAACAAAGUGGAUUGCAUGUGUAAAACUGAAGGUCUGAGUGUUUACAAUUGUAGGAAGUGCUGUGUUACAGAAACUUAAACUCUUCUGGCAGCUAAGAAAGUGAAGGUUUAUCUAUUUAAAUAUUUCUUUAGCUGUAAAUGUUUAAAACACUAACCUGGACCAAACUCAAAUCACCAUCCUACCUAAAUGGAUAGAAAAAAAAAAGAUUGGGAAAUUUGGAUCUUCCACAGCAAGAACAAAACACUAAACAAUAAUACAAUUUUCUGAGUAGAAUCUACAGUGAGGAGAAAUCAUCAGGGGCUUUAGGCUACAGCCAUCGGAGGUUUAUUUUUGUUAGCAGAACAUUCUGUUACAUGACUCCCCAUACCUGUUGGCCUUUAGCCACAGAGAGGCCGGCUCAAUGGGCCCACUAGACUGUUGAUUAUUAACAUGUAAUUGGCCACUAGCUGCACUGCGCUCAAUGGGGCGAAACCAACCACUUAUCUCCGUCAAAUCCACUUAACUGCAGCAGUGACCUUUAACUUAUGGCUGAGCUAUGUAGUCAGUCGUUUUGUAUGUCUGAACUAAAAACAUCAAAUGUCAAUAUAUGGCAGCGUGACAACUGUAAUCCAGUCAAGAGAGAUGGCAGGAAAAGGCGUUGCAUAUGGUGGUGUUUUACUAUGUUGCUUAUUUGUUUACUUGGAAAUAAAUAUCCCACAUUUUUUUUGUGUUA